AUGUACAAAAAGGGACACACGAAUGUUCACCACGAAGGCCACGUGUGUCCUUCCGGGCUUCCGGAGGUGCCCUGCGCCCUGCAGUCGAGUCCCAGCGGGAUCCAGGGCCACAAGUGCUCAGCAGCAGCCGGGGCCGCGCGCACUUCCGCUGGUGUUGUGGUGGGUGCCGACGCGCGGGAUACUUCUGAGGCUUCUUUUUCUCGGCUUGGGAUCCUGUAUACAUUGCAUAACUCUACUCGAUCCUGGGCCAACAGGUUCAACGUCAGUCCUCCCGAUUUUCGUCGUUCAACGCACAAGCAACACUAUUUGCAACGAUUGGCAUCGGGUCGAUCAUCAAGCAUGAAGGUUCAUUUCGGAAGUCCUUUCCGUAUACCAAAACGCCAUUCAAUCAAUCAGUGUUAUGCAUCAUGUCCGAAUGACUCUUUGCUGAAAGCAGCCCGGGCUUUUGAAGGAGUGUCGCGGGAUAGAAAAUUGCCGGCGUGCACCACGUCGCCCUCGCCGGUGACAGAGAUCCAUUCGCGAGAAAAGCAGUAUAAAGCUCAUCUGCCAGCAGUGAAGAGCCCAGCAGCAGGAUGGGUGUUGGUUGCGACCUUGCCAGCAGCCCUUCCCCAUAUACGUGUGUGGCUCAGUCAGCAAGGCAUAGUCAAUAAUGAGCUAACCAAUGUGGCUGGCCCGUGGCGGGGCGGGAUCGAUGGGGAUCGAUGA